AUGGGCCGCAAACGAGCACAGGAAUCAGACGACGAGUCCGAAGCCGACAGCGAACCAUAUGAACCCAAGCGGAGAAAGUACGCAGCGAAGAAGUCGGGCAAUACAAAGCGCAGCGCAGCCAAGAGGCAAAAGUGCAUCCAAUCCGAGGAGGACAGCUUUACAGUACCCACAGAAGAUCUUUUGGAUGAUAUGGGCGCAGUCCAGGAGCGUCCACACGGAACUUCCAUGCACCGGAUUGCGCAGCCAGAGCCACUGCAAGAAUCCUUGUUGGAAUGGUACGCGGGCGUACACACUUCACGCGGUAUGCCUUGGCGAAAGCCAUAUGACCCCACGCUAGGUCCUGACGAGCAGGCGCAAAGAGCCUAUGAGGUCUGGAUAUCGGAAAUCAUGCUGCAGCAAACCCAGGUUGCCACGGUAAUACCAUAUUACAAUAGAUGGAUGGGAAAAUUUCCCACUAUCAGAGAUCUUGCUGAAUCUGACAUAGAGAUGGUGAAUGGUAUCUGGAAGGGUCUAGGAUAUUACUCCCGCGCCGCCCGCCUCCUCAGCGGGGCCAAGAAAGCGGUAGAACAAUUCCAUGGACGCCUUCCAGACAACGCAAAAGACAUGCAAUCGCAAAUCCCAGGCAUCGGACGCUACAGCGCCGGCGCUAUCUGCUCUAUCGCGUACAACCAGUGUGUGCCUGUGCUAGAUGGAAAUGUGCACCGGCUUCUGAGUCGCGUUUUGGCUCUGCACGCGCCGCCAAAGGCGAAGCAGACGCUCGACGUGCUGUGGGCCGGCGCUACUGCACUGGUCGAGGGUUCCACUCGUCCAGGAGAUCUCAACCAGGCGCUGAUCGAGCUGGGAUCGACGGUGUGCAAGGUGCGAGACCCUCAUUGCAGCGCGUGUCCGCUGCGGGCAUGGUGUCGGGCGUAUCAAUAUCAGACAUCUAAAGAAAAGCCUGACAGGAUGGCUCCGAGGCGCGACGAGGGGGUGCCUGACAUCGAAGAGCUAUGCAGCCUCUGCGAAGCUCUACCUGCGCCUGGCCUGGUGACCGCUUUCCCGAUGAAGACAGGAAAAAAGAAGGCGCGGGAAGAGCUCGACAUCGUGAGCGUCAUUGAAUGGCGAAGCAGGACCGAUGACCAGCGCUGGUUUCUGCUCGUCCGACGUCCCGAGGGUGGUCUUCUUGCAGGCCUACACGAAUUCCCCACCUCGCCGAAUGUCCCCGUGCCAACUUCGCCGUCCGCGAUGAUCGAGAUCGCAUCCACAAUACUAUCUGAUCUGCUCGCGGCACCCCCAAAAUCAAGACCACCGCCAAAAGGCAAAACCGACAGGGCACCGUGCCGACACGUACCCGCGGCUGGACCAUCGGAGGAUGCCUCCCGACGGUACUCGCCUGGGGACGAGUCUGAUGGACAGCACCCAGCCACGGAUGGAUCGAUAGCUCUGCGGAUCGCGAAUAUCACCCCGGUAGGCGAUGUACUACACAUCUUCUCGCACAUCAGAAAGACGUAUCGUGUGCAGUGGGUACUCCUGGAGGGAGAAGCUAAGGAACCCCCUUCGUUAAGGAGUAGGCCGUCUGCGGACGCCGACCGUCCGCCUAGCUUAAAGAAAGGCAAACGCAAAUCUAGCCCCGCCAACCGCUGUCGCACGACUACGCUUAGGAUGGCGGAUGACGGUGCAAAGGUAGCCCGGGCGAGUGCGUCCACACCUCCCCAGGCGCUCUGGACGCCGAUAGAGCAAGUGCCCAAUGCCAAUGUUGGCACGGGCGUGCUCAAGGUGUGGAAGCAGGUAAGCACACUCUGGGAGAACGCAUGA